UAAUGGAGGGACCCCGAAGUUUUCGGCUGGUCGGGACAAGCGAUGAUACAGCCGACAACUGUCGGCGACACGCUGCCUGCGACUACGGCAUUAUCAAGGUUGAGACUCCAGACUAGCCUUAGACGAUUCUCAUAUACACAUUAACCAUAAGCAUUUCACGUCGUUAUUUCUAGCUGGUGUUGUGAUGGCGAGGGUAACGAUAUCACGGCUACCUUCCUGGCCGUUCCUCCUCGCCUUCCUCUUCCUUUUACUGUCUAAGCCCACGCACUCCUUUUCCUGGUUCUCCUCGACUCUUCGCUCGCCUUCUCCGCCUGCACCUUCGUCGCAUUCAGUCGCACAGCCGUCAUCACCCUCAGGCGAAGGCACACGACGACAAAGCGGGGACGAGCGAGCAGAUGCAGGCAAAGAGCAGGAGGCGACAGCACGUGGGGGGACAUCGGAACGAAACCCAGUCGCACCGUUCGACGCGGAGAGCCUGAGCAUCACCGCGAGAAGCGGCGAGCGGAAGGGACGCGAGCUGCAGGAGCGCGCGGGGAGCGCGGUGAGCAGAGGGGAACGACGCGCGGACGGCAGCGUGGAGGCGUACGAGUCGGGGAAAACUGCGGAGGAGGAUAACUGCUGGGUGACGGCGUACCAGCAGCUGAUGGGGUCUUGUAAAGAGGUGCUCCGUAACGAGGCGUGGAAGGCGCAGCUCGCGCUUAGACUCACCAACUGCUUCUUAGCUUCUUCCGGCCGCGCUCCUGUCGACUGCCGCUCCAGCAGCAACAGCAGAGGCAGCGGCCUGCAGGUGUACAUGCAGGGGCGAGCGGAAGGGAGGGAGAAGCGGGAAGCGGGGGUGGAGGAGGAGAAUUGCAUCAAGAGCAUGAGCGAUCAUGAGCACUCGGUGUUCCUGGCGUUCUUCAUCGACGCGCCCAACAUGUGCCACUUCCUGCAGAGCGAGGUGUUCAAGAACGAGGUCGAGACGUCCGUCAACUCCCUCAAGCGCACGGCGCACUGGCUGGAGGAGCAGCUGGGGGAUCUCUCAGGGAGCGCCGAGGACAUGCAAGCCGCCGCACAGGCCUCUCUGCACCUGCAGCAGCGCAUAGCAGAGGAACAAGGCGCAGUGCAGCAGCAGGUGGCGGCCCUCUCCGAAUCCGCCCACCACGCACAGGCAGUGCUGGAGAGCCUCACAGGGCAGCAAGCAGCCAUGGCGGCCGAGAUAACUCAGGGAGUGCGCCACCUGGAGGACCAGGUGCAUGCUGUCGAUGCUGCCCUGCAGCAGUCGCUGCAGCAGCAGCAGGCGGCUGCAGCGGAGCAGGCAGCGGCGGCGCAGCAGAUGGAGGUGAUCCGGCAGCAGCAGGCAGCGGCGCUGGACCAGCACAGGCGAGUCCUGCAGGAGCUGUCAGAAAUGGCCACCGCAGAGCAGCGCAGCACGGGGAAAUGGCAAGAGGAGAUGGCGCAGCUACAGGAGGAGCUGCUAGCGGGGCAGAGGCAAGCAGCAGGGGAUAUGAAACGGAUCGCAGUGGAACAGGCGACAGUGGCUGAGCGGCAGAACGAGGUGAUGGGCGAGCUGGCAGCGCGUACAGUGGCGUACCAUAUGAGCUCGCAGCGGUGGCAGGCGCGCAUGUCGGAGGAGCAGCAGGUGCUGCUGGCGGUGCAGCAGCAGGUGGCCGGGCGGCUGAGCGCGGUGGCUGUGGAGGCGGAGCGGCAGCACAAGGUGCUUGCCACGUGGAACGAACGCAUGGAGGCCACUCAGGAGCAGCUGCUGGGGAAUGCAGAGAGGAUACUGGCUGUGCAGAACGACCUGUCUCGGAAGCAAGGCAGCAUGAUGCGGGCACUGGAGCAGUUCGCCUCUCUCUUCACCGCCAUCCGGAGCUACGCCUCCACCAUAUCCACCUUCCUCCUCUACCUCCUCCUCGCACCUCUCUCCCUGCUGCUCACCUGCUCCAGCCUCACCUCCUGCGCCAGGCGGCCCCUCCUCUCACUUGUGCUCACAGGGCUGCUGCUGGAGCUCGGUCUGCUAUCAGCCCUCUCCUCCGUCCCCAUGUCUCAAGGCCCCACACUCAGUGUGGUGCGCGGGCUGCUGGCUACAGCGGCACUGCUCGCCCUCUGCCUUGCGCCCUUCUUCCCCUUGCGAUUUUCGUCCUCAUCAUCACAUCCGCCUCACUCAGCCUCCAUCCCUGCCUCCACCUACAACCACACCCCAUUCUCAACCGCCCCCCACUUCACACCAGCACACGCACCACACGCAGCAGAUGCGGGCCUUGCCGCUGCUGCCACUGCCUGCUCCCCCUCUAACUUCCACCCACAUUGCUCCUGCGCCACUCCUCACCACCCUCUCCCUCACAGCUCCUCCCUCCCUCACUCCACUCGCACCCACCUCGCCACAGCCAGCCCGAACAGCCAGGGCACCUGCCUGGCCCCUCCUCAGUGCAUGGCUCUGGACGAGGACGACAGGGAGUGCGAGGGGCAGGGGGAGGUAGGGCCCAUAGAGGCAGAGGAGGCAGGAGUGGCAGGCCGGAUGUGGGGCGGGCCAGUGGAUAACGAGGACAAGCUGCCAGAGCUACAGCCGGACAGACAGGCGGCAAGGGGUUCAGGGGGUGAGGGGUGGCAGAGUGGGCUUGGGGAAGAGGGGGAGGGGCACCAGCAGCAGUGGGGCAGUCGAAGGUGCAGUGAAGGGGAUGGUGGGAGGGGAGAGAGGGCAAGAACCCGGGCAAUGGCACGGCAGGUUGUGGAGAGGAGCUUGGCACGGCAGAGGACCAGGCUGCAAGCAGCUGCCGCCUCUGGCUCAGCAGCUAGGCAAUCACACGAGAGUGUGGCUGAUUUGCUGGCGUCGUGUGACACAGCGGAGAGCGACGACGAGGCAGAUCCCGAUUAUACGCCACCUGCUCACAUCAGCAACAAGCAGUGCACCAGGCGAUACUUCCUCAGAAGCACGAAAGGAGGUUCUGAUUGAAUCCUUGGAGCACGCAUUAGAUGGAGCUUCAGUUGAAGUGUGGAAGCCUGAUGAGCUGCAAGGAACAUGCUAAGGAAAGGAAUCUAAAGAAUGAGCAUGGUUCGUAGGUGCUUACUAAGCGAUACAUGGCCUUGAAGAAAUGUUUGUAGAUAACGACUACCAAUGUAGAUCUCAUUGCUAGGUAUUGUUAUGACGGCGGGCCAUGCAUGCAUCGGCUCCACCUUGACAAACCUUGAUGC